CUGGGUCUGCUUGUAAUGCUUAGCUGAUCGUCUUCGGUGCAAGAUGUUCUCAAAGAUCCUCCUGCUGGUGGUGGUGGCUGUCGCAGCCGUAGUUGCUGACGAAGUCCCCGAUUUUGUCAUCAAAGGGAAAUGUCCCGCCGUUGACGAGCAAAGACUUUGGCAACAACAACUGCCAAGACAUUCAAGCUUCGGAGGAGUUUGGUAUCAACAAGCAAUCUCAACAAACCCGUAUCAGCUGCUGAAGAAGUGUGUCCGCAUCCAGUAUGACUACAAUGGUAAGGGCUUCGACGUCAAAACUGUCGGUAUCACUCCCGAAGGAGCCCAGCUCAAGAGAAAGGGUGUCCUCGCGCCCAUGCCCCUCGGAGAUCCUCAUCUCAUGAUCAAUCUCGAAAACUCCUUCCCAGCGCCCCUCGUAAUCCUCGACACCGACUACAACAACUACGCCUGCAUGUACUCCUGCAUGGAGUACAACUACGGCUAUCACUCGGACUUCGCCUUCUUCUUCGCCCGAGCUCCCGAGUCCUACGACAAGUACAUCGCCAAAUGCAGAGCAGCCUUCGACAGCAUAGGAGUCGAUUCCAACAGACUAAUCAAGACCGAGCAAGGCAGAGGCUGCGAUUACGAGCAACUGAUCAAAGACGAACUUUAGAAGAAGAUAUUUAACUACGAUUUCUUUUUCAAUUCCAAUCCACAAGAUAUUUCAAUGUUCGUUCCAUCAUUCUGUAAUGUUUAAUGAUCUAGUGACUUAAUAAACACCAAAACAAUAA